AUGCGUGUGGGCGGCAUGGGAGAGAUGGGGGUGGUAAAAUCCAAUGCUGACUUCAAAACUUAUCGUUUUACCCAACUGCUGAACGGUCUGCGGGUAAUGCUUAUAUCUAGCCUUAAGCCUGGGGAGACGGCGGAAUCAGAGACAGCCUCAGAUGGUGAUGCCUCGGAGGGCUGGGAGCAGGAAGAAGCCAUUUGUAACGAUGACAAGAUGCCCAAAAGUCCCAUUCGAAAGUCCGCUGCUGCAUUAUGCAUCAAUGUUGGAUAUUUUAGCGACCCGAUGGAAGCUCAAGGACUGUCUCAUUUUUUGGAACACACCGUGCUCCGUUUCUUCUCCUGGCUUGAGAGGAACCCUCUCGAGGAGCGCGCUGAUGCAAACGAUGCUCCAUCUGCAGCACUGAAGUUCGUUGCUUCCAUCGUUGGAUACGAAGGCAGAGGAAGUCUGGUAGCGUAUCUCCGCAAGUUGAAUCUGGCAGUGGAAUUGAAUGCUGGUUGUGCGGUUAACGAUAACGCUGAUCACAACCAAAUGACCAGUAUCUUUGGCAUUAGCGUGGAGCUCUCCGAACUGGGUCGUGCAGCUCCCAUCACGGUGGUCGAUCAUGUCUUCUCCUACCUGCGCAUGCUACGCAAUGCCGCUGAUUUCAGUCUAGCUAAUCCGUCGGCCACCGCAACACCCUGGGGGGAUCGCACCUUCGCCUCCCUCGUGCCCGAGUUUGAGAAGAUCUGGGCAUCGAAUUUCCACUUCCAGGAGCCUCUGGAGCCCCUCACUAACGUACAGACGAUCGCCAUGGCGAUGCAAAAGUUCCCGCCCCAUGAAGUCUUUAUCGCUGAUUCGCUGAUUUUGGAGCCUGAUUUGAAGGUGGAGGCGCUGAUAGCUGCAAAUUUACUGGAAGAUGCCACAAUGAAGGUGGAAAUCGACCGCAACUUGAAGGAAAUCUUCUCCGACCGUCAUGUUUUCGAUCGUCGUCAGAGAUCGGUGGAAAUUCUUCGGCAAUUGAAGUUGAGUGAUGUGCAGGACUUCUACAGGGAGACCUACCACAACCUGGAGAAACAGCCAAGUCUGAUGAUCCAGGUGGACGCCCUGAGUGACGUGGAGUCGACGGAUGAUGCCUCAUCAGUGGACGGGAGCGCGAAGGCUCUGAAGACCUUUGAUUGGCCGCUGUGCAUAGUUCCGAUGAGUGGUGAUCAGGCGGAGGCGGAGCGGAGCGCGGCCCUCUCGGUGGAUGUGCGCGAGGCGGUGCUUGCCUGUGCGCCCAGCCUCAUCACUGAUGCUGCAAAGGGCGAUCCUAUCCCCGAAGACAAGAGUGUGGAAGUUGCCCUCCCGCGCAUCGUGGAAAUACCGGAAGUGCGCGACUUCAAACACAAAGUUCUCUUCGCGCCCCUUGUGGCGAAAACAGUGGAGGACAGCAUGAGGGAGGAGCUUUGA